CGGCUUAACAGUUAAAAAUGGCGGCUGCUCUUGCGAGACAUGUGUCUGCUCGCGUGAUAUUAAGUUCAAUUUCGAAGUCAUGCAUUCUAUCGUUCAAAGCUCAAAACUUAAGACAUCUGUACGGUGCGGCUGUACUUGGUUUGGACAAGUACCUGGAAACGAGGGAGAAAAUGAAAAACCAAUUUGGCGACGCUAAAGACAAGUUUUUCCAGCGAAUAAGUCAGUACUUCAAUAGCGACAAUCCAGGAAUGGUAUUUACGGAAGACCUCAAGCAUGUUACCUACUUAUGCGAAGACAAGGACUCCGACAUUGAAUUGGUGAUCAAGAUGAUGAAGAGGUUCAACCAGCAGAACAAGGAAUUGCGCUUUGGAACAUUCGUCUUUGGACCUGUGGCCCUCAGACUGUUUUACCACUUGAAGAAACCAGAUAUAGUUUUACAACUGUUCAAAGACCAGGAGCUGGACGGCUUCUUUGACCAGUUCUCAUCGUAUCAGAUCGCCAUGGACCUCCUGUUUAAGGAGCAACGUUAUCAGGACGUUGUGGACAUCUUCAAGAGCAUGCAACAGAAGCAGCUGUACGGAACCAAGUACCCACGUGAAUGCGUUGUCCUUGCCCUGGGUGCCUGCUACAAAUUGAACAGUCGUGAGUCGUACGAGUAUGCGCUCAAGCUGAUUCAAGAUGCCCGGUCUGUGGGAGCUCUGGUGUUACGUAAAGCCUUGUCCUUCGCUGCUAUGCUGGCUGUCAACCACAAUGAGCCGAAGGUUGCCAUGGAGCUUCUCGCUCUGACAGCGCAGCUCUCUUACAUCACAGUCCGUAACAUCCGGAUGAUGGCACUAGCUGACCUGGACAGAGUGGACGAUGUCUUCUUGACUCUGCGGUCUAUCAUCCACCAAGACGUGCCCAUGCAGUCGCGCAUGGAGCAACAAGUUUGCCAGGAAACGGUGGACAAGGUUGACGAGUGCCUGGCUCGGCUAGGUGACAAGGAGAAGACGCACAUCUUUGAACAGAUGAAGCGGGCGCUGCGUGAAAACAACCACCUUUGCCCGCAGUCUCUCGACGAGCUCCUCUGCCAGCCAUUGCUCACGCGACCCUCACCCAGGGACCGGGACGUGGACCGCACUGCAGGUUCCGGGAUAGGCGGAACGUACACAUCUGGUUACCGUGCACCAAUAAAGGGAGCUUCAGGUGCCCGCUAUCCGGUUCGGCAUCGACAAGGACUGGGCGAUGUGGAUGAUUAGUCACAAAUAUUCUGCUCUGUGCUAGAAAUGUUAAGCUUCUUUACCACCCUGUCCCCCAAAAAACUUUUCCCAUUUUAUUUUAUAUGCCUAGUGGGUUCAGAGGAAUGGCUAAUUUUUCAUCAAUUCAGAAUUAUUACAAUUCUGAAGUUAGCAAUGCAUAAGUGUCAUUCCUUCUUGAAUACAUGCUGUGAGCUAUAUAUAGAUUGCCUAUGCACUAAUAUGAUGGCAGGGACAGACAUGAUUUAAACAUCAAUAAUGAUUGCACCAUCAAUGAGUCUUCGUGGUCACUAAUUGCACCUGCACAGCUGGUACGACGCAUGCCACAGGCAUGUAUCCAGGCGUUAUGGAGGCGUGCAUACUUUAUCAUUGUGCGAGGGUUUAAAACUUUGCAAACUGUUUAUAAACAGGCAAGGUUUUAAAUUGUGACAAUUCAGCUACUGCUACUUUUUAAAUGUUUUGGCUUAUAAAAUUGUAUGUGGCAAUCGGUCAUUUUUACAAAACUCCAUAUAGUAGGUGCGUAAUGAGCCAAUUUUCUAAUUCAGGAAGUGGUGAAUACUAAUUAGAGAGACUGAAAUAUUUUUCUCCUUUGCAACAAUGCUACCACCAAGUUGUUCAAUGUCCAAGCCACAAAGGAGUGAAGGAAAUAAUGGACAAAAUUCAGUGGUUUAAUAAUCGCAAAGCUCUUUAUGUGUGUACUCGUGCUUUCAAGACCACAGAAGCCAUGCGUUGACACGACCAUGCCGUCCUUCUUGUACGCAGCCAUUCUCUACACUUGAGCAUAGAUUCUCGUAGCUUUGCCGAGUUUUCAUUGAAAGGAACCUGUUUGCAUCCUUCUGUCAAAGUGAAAAUAAAGCAACUGCUCA